AACUUGGAGGCAGUUACCAAACGUCGCUGUUGCGGGAUGGAGCUGCUUCCUUCUUCAGCCCCCUGGUUGGGCGUCCUUCUCCUCCUCACCGCCCAACUGCUCCUGAUCCCAGCGAAGGGCGAGGAGGAGUGUCGCCAUCUGGCGGACGACGGCGACAUGGAGGCGGAGGUGGAGCCGUGCGAGAAUUUCCACCAGCAUGUCUGCGGCAAUUGGUAUGCGACGCGGAGGCAGCAGCGUCUGGGUGCCCACGACAUGCUCACCCAGUGGGUGGCCAAGCUGAAGCUCCAGCUGAUCGCUCAUCUGGAGGUAGAGUCCUCCUCCCACCCGUCGAACUUCUACAGAAGCUGCCUGUCGAGUGGCCAGUCCGUGAAAUCCUACACCGAUGCCUUGUCACGCAGUGGAGCCCAGUUUCCCCUCCUAUCGAAUAACUCCGGCUCCUUCGAUUGGAUCCUGGCCAAUGCCGCCCUGCGCAGCUACGGAGCACCUGGCCUCUGGAGGCUCCUCAUCAAGGACAACUGGCAGCUGGCCGAGCAGAAGAUCUUCUACAUACUCCCGCCCAGUUUCGAGCAGAUCGGCUGGGAGGAUGACCUAAGUGAGUUCCUGCACGAGCGAUAUCUCAAGGGUUUGCUCAUGGAGCUGGGACUGCGGGUGCGUCGGGCGGCGGGCUUGGCCCAAAAUCUGGUGGCCUUCGAGAAGAGUCUGCAGCAACUGCAGCCGAAUGUGAAGCAAUCGCUGGUCCUCCGGGAGCCGCAGAGUCUCAAGGACUUGGAGCUGCUCCUACCGGAACUGCAGCUCAAGCGUUACUUCGAGAUCCUCCUCCAGGGCUUGGACUGGGAUCCCUCCACCCUGCUGAUCGUGGCCGAUCUGGACUACCUGCAGGGUCUGCAGAGAUUGCUGGCCAGGGAACAGGAUCAACCGCUCAACCUCUCCACCUGGCUGCUGCUCCAGCUGCCGCUGCACUUUGAGCUGCGUCGCCACGAGGACGAGACGAUGGGCAACCAGCAGGAUCACUGCCUGGCUCGGCUGAGGAAACUGAUGCCCGGCGCCCUGGGUCGCCUGCAAAUGCAACUGGUGCUGGGCGAGGGCUACCAGGAUGCCUACGACACGAGCCUGCAGCAGGUGGCCCUCCUGUUCAGGGAUCUCAAGCAGCAGUUCGAGUUGCUGCUGAACGAAACGGAGGUAUUCGACGAGGAUCUGGUCACUAGAAACCUGGCAAUCGAUAAGCUGAGGGCCAUGCGACUGCUGACCCCGCGACUCCAGGAUCCCCUGGGAAGUCCUUUGAUCCUGGGCCAGGACGGCGAUGAGAACCUCCUGCAGCUGAGCCUCCAGCAGGCCAGGAACGAGUUCCGCCAGGUGUUCGGGGAACCCCUGACCUCGGCGCCCUCGGAUCCGCUGCUCGUGAAUGCCUACUAUCGCCUCAAAUUGAAUCGCAUAGAGCUGCCGCUGGGCCUCAUGGCCACGCCCCUUGUCAGGGGGCGCCUCCCAUGCUCCUCGGAUGCCCGACUAACCGCCGGCUUGGGCUACAUACUCGCCCACGAGAUGGUCCACGCCUUCGACUACGAUGGCAUCAACUACAAUGCCAGCGGGCAGUUGGUCAACAACCAGUGGCCAGCCAGGGCCAUCAUCCGCUUUGGGCUGCGGGUGCGUUGCUAUUUGGGCGAACGGUACAGUAAUGCCACGCUGACGAUCAACGAGAACAUCGCCGAUAGCGAGGGACUACGCCUGGCCCUUGAAACCUAUAAACGGCGGAGGGGGAGUAGCAAUGGAGAACCUGCAGAUCUGAGGACCUUCUUCGUGGCCUUUGCCCAGAACUGGUGCGGCUCCAAGGCGGCGACGGGGGAGGGCGGCGGCGGUGGUCUUAGCCAACAUGCCGGCCACGACGAGCGGGUGAACAAUGUGCUCGGCAAUCUGCCGGAGUUCGGCGACACCUUCCAGUGCAAAGCCACCAGCCAGAUGAAUCCCGCCACCAAGUGCCGCAUUUGGUGAGGACUCCUCGUGAUUGAAGCCUAAAUCAUCAUGAUCCCAUAUCGAAUAAGACACUUUUGCUAGAUUUUAAAGGGGUUUUUAAAGGUUUUUCUUCGUAUAAU